GGCUGGUUUCGCCCGCAGUGAGUUGGGCGGCUCAUGCAAACAAACAUCGGCUGAGUCCCGUCCAUUCUGGCAUGAUCAAAACUCACACAUUCGCCGCAUCUACAGAGUGAAAGCGCCUGUGAAGCCAUGUGGAUUACCCCGGAGGAGGUGUUAAUGGCCAACGCGCUGUGGGUGAGCGAGCGAGCGAAUCCCUAUUUCAUCCUGCAGAGGAGGAAGGGACACGGGCGCGGAGGAGGCAUCACGGGUUUGCUGGUGGGUACGUUGGAUGUGGUGCUGGACUCAAGUGCUCGUGUGGCUCCGUACAGGAUCCUGCACCAGACGGGAGAGUCACAGAUCUUCUGGAAUAUUGCUUGUGGCUCGUCUCGUAAGGAGAUCACUGAACACUGGGAGUGGCUCGAGACAAACCUACUGCAGACUCUGUCCAUCUUUGACAACGACGAUGAUAUCACCACCUUCGUCAAGGGCAAAAUACAGGGCAUCAUCGCUGAAGAGAAUAAAAGUGGCAAACCUCAGGAGGACGAGGAUCCUGGGAAGUUCCGUGAAGCCGAGCUGAAGAUGCGGAAGUUGUUUGGAAUGCCGGAGGAAGAGAAGCUGGUGAACUAUUACCCCUGCAGCUACUGGAAGGGCAGAGUCCCGCGGCAGGGCUGGAUCUACCUGUCCAUAAAUCACAUCUGCUUCUACUCCUUCCUGCUGGGAAAAGAGGUUUCGCUGGUGGUGCAGUGGACAGAUGUCACGCAGUUGGACAAGAACGCCACGCUGGUUUUCCCCGAGAGCAUCCGCGUGAGUACACGCGACACAGAGCACUUCUUCUCUAUGUUCCUCAACAUCAACGAGACCUUCAAACUGAUGGAGCAGCUGGCCAACAUCGCCAUGAGACAGCUGCUGGACAACGAGAGCUUCGCCGCCGACCGCUCGCUCCCCAAACCCUGCAAGACCCUGAAAAACGUCUCUGCGCUCAAGAGGGACUUGGAUGCACGUGCAAAAAACGAGCGGUACAGAGCGCUGUUCCGGCUCACACAGGACGAACGUUUGGAUGGACACACCGACUGUACACUCUGGACGCCGUUCGCUAAGAUGCAUGUUGUCGGUCAGAUGUUUGUUUCUAACAACUACAUCUGCUUUGCCAGUCGAGAGGAAGAUCUGUGUCAACUUAUCAUUCCAUUGAGAGAGGUGACUAUAGUGGAGAAAGCGGACAGCAGCAGUGUUUUGCCGAGUCCACUGUCGAUCAGCACUAAAAACAAGAUGACCUUCCUGUUUGCCAACCUCAAAGACCGUGACUUCCUGGUACAGCGCAUCUCUGACUUCCUGCAGCGCACGCCUGACAGGCCAUGUGGCCUAAACACUCAAUCCGAGAAUCCCAGCCCGAGUACGCCACCCUCCCUGCCCCCGUCCCCUCCUGUCCUGGGGCUUGGAGAGAUGCCCCAAAACCAACACUACAGCCCCAGUCUGCCCACUGCCAAGAAGGGCCUACUGCAAAUCUACCAGCAGGACGUCCCUGAGGAGCUGGGGCCCAAAGUGACGAGAGAGAAGAUGAAAGAGGAGUCAUGGAACAUCCACUUCUUUGAGUUUGGCCGUGGAGUUUGUAUGUACCGCACGUCUAAGACCAGAGAGCUGGUUCUGAACGGGAUACCAGAGAGUUUGAGAGGAGAACUGUGGCUGCUGUUCUCAGGAGCUCAGAAUGAGAUGGCCACACACCCGGGUUACUAUGGCAGUUUGGUUGAGCAGGCGAUGGGUAAAUGUACUCUAGCGACAGAGGAGAUCGAGAGAGACCUGCACCGCUCCAUGCCUGAACAUCACGCCUUCCAGAACGAGAUAGGCAUCGCUGCCCUGAGACGCGUCCUGACUGCCUAUGCUUACAGAAACCCCAGCAUCGGAUACUGCCAGGCGAUGAACAUUGUUACGUCCGUGUUGUUGUUGUAUUGUACUGAAGAGGAGGCCUUCUGGCUGCUUGUGGCGCUGUGUGAGCGGAUGUUGCCCGACUAUUACAACACUAGAGUUGUAGGAGCGCUGGUGGAUCAGGGUGUGUUUGAGGAGCUGACCCGCGAGUGUUUGCCGCUCUUGUACGAGCACAUGCAGGAUUUGGGAGUCAUCUCCACCAUCUCUCUGUCCUGGUUUCUCACACUCUUCCUGUCUGUCAUGCCUUUCGACAGUGCGGUGCUGCUGGUCGACUGCUUCUUCUACGAGGGCAUUAAAGUAAUUUUCCAGGUGGCAUUAGCUGUGCUACAUGCAAACAUGGAUCAACUUCUGUCCUGUUCAGAUGAGGGAGAGGCCAUGACUAUUCUGGGCAGAUAUUUGGAUAAUGUUGUAAAUAAGCAGACCGUUUCUCCACCAAUUCCCCACCUUCAUGCCCUGUUGACCAGUGGCAACAACCCUCCACCUGAGAUUGACGUCUUUGAGCUCAUUAAAGCAUCCUAUGAGAAGUUUGGUAGCCUGCGUGCCGACGUCAUCGAGCAGAUGAGGUUCAAACAAAGGUUAAAGGUCAUACAGUCACUAGAAGACACCGCCAAGAGGAGUGUGGUGAGAGCGAUCAUGACAGAGUCUGCCUUCACUAUUGAGGAGUUGGAAGAAUUGUAUGUUCUUUUUAAGGCGAAGCACAUCAUGAGUUGUUACUGGGGUGCGAGCAGCAGCGCGGCGGAGCGGCACGACCCGAGUCUGCCAUAUCUGGAGCAGUACCGCAUCGACUGCGGUCAGUUAGUUCAGCUCUUCUCCGCUCUGGCGCCCUGGAGCUGCGGCCUUCACACCAACACGCUCUCCAGCCGACUCUUCCGCCUCCUCGACCAAAACAAAGACUCUCUCAUCAACUUCAAAGAGUUUGUCACCGGACUCAGUGGAAUGUAUCAUGGCGAUAUGACGGAAAAACUCAAACUUCUCUACAAACUCCACCUGCCUCCUGCGUUGUGUCCAGAGGAGGCAGAGUCAGCGCUGGAGGCCACGCAGUUCUUCACUGACGAUGACACGCCUCAGGAUCCUCCCUUCCUGUCUCAUCUGGACUUCCUGGCACAGGAAGUGACCUCAGGUGAGGAGCUGAAGGAGGCAGGAGACGCAUCAGCGGCCGGAGACACGGAUGAGAGAAAAGAGGAGAAGCCGAAGGACUAUAAGUAUUAUCUGAGAAUGUGGGCCAAAGAAAAAGAGCCAAAGAAAGAGAGUAUCAAAGAUCUGCCUCGGAUGAAUCAGGAGCAGUUCAUUGAGAUGUGUAAGACUCUCUACAACAUGUUCAGUGAAGAUCCCAUGGAGCAGGAGCUGUAUCACGGCAUCGCCACGGUGGCGAGUCUCCUGCUGCACAUCGGAGAAGUGGGCAAGAAAUUCACCAACAACGGCAGCAAGAAAACCGAAGCCCAGCUGCCCUCAGCAGGCGACGCUCUGCAGCCGGAGAGGGAGGACUCGUCCGGGGAGGGAGGAUCAGGACAGUCCCUGGUCUCCAAGGCCCUGGCAGAGGCACAGCUAGAGACGCCACCUCCAACAACGGCCGGCUCCGACGAAGAGGCCAAAGACGACACGUCCGUUUCGUCCUACUCCGUAGUGAGCGCCGGUUCGCUGCAGUGCGAGGACAUCGCCGACGACACGGUCCUGAUUGGCUGCAUGAGCGGAGAUGCGGUGGAUCGGAGGCGGGGCAGCGCGCCGGAUGCCGAUUGGUCGAUCACGUUCGAGCAGGUUUUAGCAUCGUUCCUGACAGAAACAUCGCUGGUCGACUACUUUGAGAAAAAACACGACAUCCAGAGCAAAAUGACGGCAUGCAAGUCACUGAGAGCCGUGGAGAGACAGACAAGUACGUCGAGCGAUCACGAUUUCUCUCUG